GCUGUUCAUGUGUUGUUGGACUUUCCGGAAUCCAGAGCAACUGCAUCAACAAAGAGUCCCGUACCUCUCAGAAGCUGCUGCCGCCGUCUGGGGAUGCAGAGAGGAGGGGGCUGCUACUGACCCUCUGCAACAUACCUGCCAGGGUUGGUGUGAGUAAAAGAAGUGAGCAUAAGAAACAUCUACAUUUUCUACUGUAGUGAACUGUCACACACAACCAACCAUGCCUGGAGAAGGAAAAACUGACAUGGAGAGGAUUGGCCUCUUCAGUGAAAUGGAGUAUGUUACCAUUGGAGAUAAAUAUGUCUCACACUAUAUGCGCCCUUUCAAUGAAGCUGCAAGCAAGAACAAACAAAUGUUACCUGGGGGUACCAAAAUGCUGUCAGCUCUUCAGGCAGGUUACUUUGAGCCUCAGUUUGUGAGGGUUUUCGAAGGUGAAGCCUACUCAAACCCUGUGCAACUAAGGAGGCGAUAUAGAUUGGCAGAGUCAAAGAAAAAUAUGGGCAAAGCUUUCCUUCCAAGCAAUGGAGUCAAACUGCCAUGCGGAAUGGGUACUUAUUAUGGAACUAUAGGUGGUCCAUAUCCAUUCUUCAGUGCACAACUAAGAGGGAAAACAGCAUAUGCUCCUCCUGGAAAGAACCUUUACACAAAUCCUGGAAAGAAAGGAACUGGAUAUGGAUAUCCAAAUCUUACCAUAGGUAAACAGUAUCCACACUCAAGUGAUGUGUAUGAAAUCGGAAAAAUGAAUGCAAAGAAGGUGCAUGAAGACCAUCUGCGUUUGGUUAAAGGAGGGCCUUUCAAGUUAAAUCUCUAUCCUCGGGAGUAUUUUGACAUAAAUCCAUAUUAUGAUGAUAAACCUUUGGCACCAGCUAAGAAACCAACCCCAGAAAAGCCAGUUGCACACCCCUUUAAACCAAGUUCUCCUGCUAAAAAGUCAGGGGGCAUGAAAGCAGGAACAUUUGAUCCUUAUCCUUCCCAUUCUGCUGAGCCCUAUGUGGUUAAAUAUUCUAAGCCCAUCACAACUAAUAAAGAAGGACGGAUUUUUCAUCCUCCUACUGGAUCAAAAAGCAGGCCCUCUACAAGUAUAAUGGCUUUAAAUGUUACAAGAUCACUAAAUGUAAUGAACUACAAGACUACACACUUGAUAUCAUAUUAGCUUUGAACAGUGGGAUAAAGAAUACACUUCUUGGAUUUUGUAAACUGUAACAAUUCAAUGAUUAAAGGACAUUUGAAGUAAAUAAAAGUUUUGUGGAAGAUAGAAUUCAGUCAAAUAAGGCAAACCCAGAUUUUAAUUGUAUCCUAUUUGAGACUAUAUUUUAUAAAUAUGUAAACAAAAUAAAUACAUAAAUUAUGUACAAAUAAUAUAUGUUUAAAGUGUGAAAUUAAACUAUAUUAAUACAAAUGUUAUAGUUUACUCGUAUUGUUGGAGAGGUUUAUACAUCAAAUAUACACACCAAAAAGUAUUUUAGAUUUUAAGUUUUUAUAUAAAUGUUAUGAUGGUGGCAUCAAUAAGCAGCAAUUACCUCUUCUGAGAACAUCAAUAUUUAUUAAUCAGAGAUAAAAUAUUGUCUAAAGUAAAUGUAUGGUUUCCCUUUAGAAACAAUAAAGAUUGAUGUUCAUCUUAACCAAGCCAAAACGCAUUACUGUAUUUGGAUUGUCUUCUUCAAAAGAAUACGCCUUCUGUUAAGAUGGCCUUCUCAAAAUAGACACCAUCUCCCAUUGUUUACAAAAGGGACGGAGACCACAACCUUUCAUAGCAAACAUGGUCACCAUCUCCAUUCAUCUGCACUUCACAGUGCUCCUCUCUCUGCCUCUUGACAGCAUAAGGUGCUGUCAUCUUUCUUAAGAGCAGUUUGGCUUCACUUCCAUUAAGGGGGAAAAAAUGAAAAAAAUCUAUUGUGUCCUAAAAAAUCAGUUUCUUAUAACCUGAGACCACAAACACAAACUUUAACCCCCCUUAACAUAAUUCACCUGGAAUUGGUAUGAGGUCCAAUGCAGUGUAGCCAUGUCAGUCCCAGACUAUAAGAGACAAAGCAGGUGAGGUAAUAUUUUUUAUGAGACCAACUUCUGCUGAUGAGAGAGACAAGCUUUCGAACCACACAGAAAGCUUGUCUCUCUCACCAACAGAAGUUGGUCCAAUAAAAGAUUAUUCCCUCACCCACCUUGUCUCUAUAAGCUCCCAGGUAUUCAGAACAGUUUGUUAGUGUUUCAAAGCUAAAUUAUUACAGAAAUCCACAAAGUAUCCAACUUGAACAUUUAGAUAUACAAAAUUGUUACACGAAGAUAAUGUUUUUAUGUUAACAUGUAUUAGAAGACUCCUUUUAGUACCAAAAGGAUUCUUGGGCUAGCCUACCACUUUGUUAUUCACUGAGUAAUAGCCAAAAAAAAAAAAAAAAAAUAUUGAGACUGAACAUGACGUUUUUCAACAUUUAAUAGUAUGAAAAGGAAAGUAUUGGCCAGGUCUUUCAGUCCAUACUUAGGCAAAAUAACCCUUGAGAUCAAUACAGGCUUUGCCUGAGUAAAGUUACUGUGGGACAGGGCCUCCUAGUAUUUAUAUAUUUUAAUUGAUAUGGCAGUUUUGGUGUUUUCCAAGUCCACAGAUAUCAAGCAUGGUUAAUUUCUUUUUUAAUUUCAAAGUUUUUAUAUUAUUGAACAGGUAUUAGUGAUAGUGCUGUCCUUUGACGUUUUGGUGUCAUCUUCAUAGGAAAUAUCAGAAAGAUAUAUGGCCAAUAAUUUGGAUGCAUUCAUCACUGCUGAACUCUCUAGAUUCAAAAUCAC